GCCGCAUGGACGCGGCCGCCGCGGCCGCCCCGGCCGAGCCCCCGGUGCCGGCGGACGCGGUGCUGCGCUGGCUGCGGGCGGAGGGCGCGGAUCCCGCGGCCCCGGCACACGAGCAGCUGGGCUUGGCCUGGCGGCUCCUUCGGAAAGCGGAGACGCGGCUGGGAGAGCUGGAACGGCGGCGGGAGCAGGACAUGAGAGACGUGGAAAGCUACGUGGGCCACGUCCGUGCCCUGACGGAGGAGCGGGAUGCCAUCGCCUCAGAGUACGAGAAGGAGAAUGAGCAGCUCAGGCUGGAGCUGGCACGGCUGCAGCUGCUCCAGGAAGCCCAGCUGAAGGAGGUGGAGGAGAUGCUGGAGCAGGAAGGGCUGUCCCAGAUCGCCCACAGCGCCGCCAGCGAACAGGUCGCCUAUUUACUGGUGGAGAGGACGGCCCUGCUGGGGAAACUGGGACUGCUCCACAGCCCCACAGAGGGCAUCCAGUUCUGCAGGGAAGAGCUGGAGAGGGGACCUGCAGGAGCUGUGGGAGAGCUGGGUGAGGCUCCCCAGAGGCUGAUGGUGGCCCAGGAAGAGCUCCAGGGGAUGCCAGAGGGCUUGGAUGCACCCAGCGAGGAGCAGAGUGGAGCAGGCAGGGCUGAGCUCCAGGAGGUCAUGGAGCACAACAGCCGCCUGGAUAAGGAGAUCCUGGCACUGCGGGCUCGGGUCCAGACACUGGAUCUGGAGAGGAAAGCUUUCCUGGAACUGGUGGAGCAGCUCAAGGAGGAGAUCUGUGAGUACCAGAGGAGCGAGCGGCUGGGGCCAGCCCUACCGGAGGAGCCUGGAGCAGCCUCACUGCAGGGCACUCGGGAUGAAGGGAGGGCUGAAGAUGAGCGUGGGGCAGGAAGAGCCUGGCCCUCCUCGGAUCAGGAGGAGAGAGAUCUGGGGGGUGAAACUCUCCAUAAAAGGUGCCGGGAGGUGAUGGAAAACAUGGAGGGCAGGAAUUCCCAGCUCCUUCACAAGCUGCAGAAACUGGAGCAGGAGCACGAGGAUUUGGUGGAGCGCAACGAGGAGCUGGAAUCGAUCCUGGGGGAGACUCAGAUCCAAACCAAGCAGGAGAAGGAGCAGUUUGAGAGCGAGGUGGAGGGACUGCAGCAGAAGAUCACCAGUUUAGAAACAGAGCUGCUUGAGGUGCAGAGGAGCAAAAAUGAGACGGACAGGAAGGAGCAGGCGGCGUCUGGAGCGCAGGAGAUGCAGGAGAUGUUGGAAAGCUGUCAGGAAACCAUAGACAAGUUGGGAAAUCAGCUGGGAGAGCGGAGGGAGAGGAGGAAGCAACUUGUGUCUGAGCUUGAGCUGCUGAGAGAGGAUCUGAAGGCUGAGAAGGGGGUCCUGGGCAGCCAGGGGUUUCCUGCCUCACUGUCUGAGCUCCCAGGCCACGGUAACACCUCCCCUGGUCUCCAGAGAACAUCAGCCAGCAGGGAUCUCAUGGAUGUGUCCCAUGAGAAGCACAAGGACAGUGCUUUGGUAGACCCAGAGGCCUCUGAAAUCCUACAAGACAGAGAACAGAGUCUCAGGGGGGAGCAGACCCAGGAAGAUCCCCAUGGAGAUGCAAAGACCUACGAGGAACAGAUGGCUAAAGUUGUGUUUUUGGAAGAACAGAUCAAAAGCCUGAGGGAGGAACAAGAGCUGCUCUGCUCUGAAUUACUAGAGAGCAACAAGAAGAAGGAAGAGCUGGAAAAGCAGCUCAGAGAGAGCAAUGAAGAGAAAAGGAUGCUGCUGGAAGAGAUUUCCCAGCUCAAGCGCAGCAUCCAGAGCGCCCGGGAACAGGGAGACCCUGGAGAGACCUGGAGGAUGAACCCAGGCCUGGAGCAGAGGGAGAGCAGGUCCCUCCCAUGGCAGAGCUCAGCAGGCAGUUCAGAUGGGAGCCUUAAACAGGGCGUGCCCGAGGAGAAGUUCCAGCAGCAGGAGGAGAAGCUGCAGCAGCUGCGCCAGGACCUGCGGCGGGUGCAGAACUUGUGCAGCUCUGCCGAGAGGGAGCUCAGGUACGAGAGGGAGAAGAACGCAGAGCUCCAGAAGCAGAACCUGCUGCUCCAGCAGGAAUGCACCAAGGUCAAAGCUGAGCUGAAACAGGCCCGGGCCAAACUCUCAGACUCCACAGAAACCUGCUCAUCCCUGUCAGCACAGUGGGAGAGGAGCCAGCAGAAGGUCCGGGAGCUGGAGCAGGAGCUCUCCAAGUGCUCCCAAGCUGACAAGCUCCAGAGCAGCCUGAGGGACAGGCUGGCCCAGGAGAAAUCCAGGGCAGGAGAAGCCCAGAAAAAGAUUUCAAAGCUCCAGCAGAAGCUGAAGGAUUCCCAGCACCAGCUCCUGCUGGCAGAGGCCCGUGUUUCUGACAAGAAGCUGCUGGAGGAGGAGCUGAAGGAGGCCCGGGAGAACGAAGCUCGAGUGCGGCGGGAGCUCCACGAGGGGCAGCUGAAGAGGAAGCUCCUGGAGCAGCAGGUGGAGGAUCUGCGGCAGCAGCUCCGGCAUUCCCGGGAGACGGAGGCGUCGCUGGCCAGGAUGCACGUGGAGCUCCAGGCCAAGACCCUGCACGCCCUGGAGGAUGAGAGGAAACCUGACCCUGCAGAGUACCUGCAGUGCCGAAAGGAGAACCAGAAGCUCUCAGAGCAGCUGUCCCUGCUGAAGGAGGAGAACAAGGCCCUUUAUGAGGAGGGUGUUCGGCUCCUGAACCAGAAGGAUCUCUAUGUGAGGAAAUACAACGAGAUGCAGCUCCGGCACAAGGACAAGAUCCGCAGGGCCAAGGAGACCUUCAUCCACGAGGUGAAACAGAGGGACAGCAGGAUCAAACAGCUGGAAAACGAGCUCAGCGAGUCCAAGCUCCAAGUGGAGAAGGGGAAGGUGCUGAUUGCCCAGAUCACUGCCGAGAAUGAGAAGCUGCUCCAGGAGAGGCGGCGGCUCCUCCAGAAGAUUUCGGAGCAGGAGGAGCCCCUUUGGAGCCUCCGGUCUGUGACUGCCCCCUUGCCCAGCAGAGGGAAGACCCUGGAGGAGGAGAACAAGCUCCAGCUCUCCGGUCACGUGCCUGCCUCACCACGCAUUCCCAGGAGCAGCCCCGCUCCCACCGCAGAGGACUCGAAGACCCUUCACGUCUCCGAACACCAACUCCAGAGUAAGGUGGUGCCACUUGCCCGUGCCAGUUUCCCACCCCGGGAUCUCCAGGAACCCUUCGGUGCCAUGAAGGCCCCUCAAGACACGAAGUCUGAGGGAGAGGCCCAAAGCCAGGACUCCUCCCGGGGCCUGUCCCCCUCCCAGCCCUCAGAGCAGGGCUACCUGAACGUGGCCUCACCAGGGGACCCUGCGGGGUCCCUGCUGCAGGAGGAGAGGAGAAGUGUCAGCUCUGAGACCUUCUGAGCUGGAGAUGUCUGUGCAGAGUCACCUGGACUGCAGGACUGGGGCUCCUGAGCUGGGAAUUCUGUGCAGGGUCACCUGGAUGCAGGACUGGGGCUCCUGGUGCCACAGGAUGGCAGAGACUGCAAAGAGAAGAAUUGCCAAAUGGACUGACCUGGGGAUUUCUGGGAUGUUUUCCAGCUAAAUUAACCCUGAGUGUUGAAUUUUUUUUUUCUUUUUUUUUUUUUUCCCCACUUCCCCCCUGUAAAUGUGUUUGUGUCAUCCCAGAGCCACUGGAGGCUGAAAUUUGUAGAUAAACUCAUAAACAUGGAAGAUGGGUUGGGGUGAAGUGUGUCCUCCCUCAACCCUAAUUCCUUGUCCAGGCCAAAUCUAUAAAAUUUGUAAAGAAAAGAACUUAAUAUU